UCUGUUAGUGCUGACCUUUCCAAAGCCAAGUACUUUCUGCACCGACUCACUGAUAGUUAUUGCCGUUCGAGUACUGUGGUUAUGCAUUAGCGUUAUCUUCUGGGUGAGGCUGAGUGAGCAAGCUGGAGGUGGAUGAAGAUGCGUGAUUCCUUGCAAUGUAUCAGAAGGUGUAUCUGCCUGGCAGUUGCAACAUGAAAGAGAGACCAAAUUACCUGGCUUGGACAUGUAAAAUGGACCGUUUUCUUGCCAAGAUUCUUACUGAGCAAGUAAAAGAAGGAAACAGGGUUGACGGCACUUGGAAGCCUGCUGCAUAUUCAGCAGCUCUUAAAGUCUUGAAUGAAAACUUUGGUGGUGGUUUAACUAAGUCGAUUAAAAACUUGGAAAAAGCAGUUUCAAAUUUUGAAGGAGCUUCUUGCUCAUAAGGGAUUUGAAUGGGAUGAGGCAAGAAAGAUGGUAACUGCUGAUAAUUCCCACACUAAGGCACACCUUAAUGCCAGACAAUUCCGGGAAAAGUUUAUUGAACAUUAUGAUGAAUGGUGUAUUAUCAUGGCUGAUCAAGCAAUACCGACGUUUUCAGAUGAUGGUGCUGAAGUUAAAGAAAUCUUGACAAAAAGUAAGCGAGACUCUUUGAUUGUAUUAGACGUUCAGAGCAGUGAUAAGCAGGAAAGAAAUUAAGAUAGACUAGUCAUAUGGAUCGUUACCUUGGGAAGACUCUCGUGGAAUAUGUGACGACGAGUUGUAAACUUGAUAAAACUUUACAACGUGGGGUAGUUGAUUAGCUGUUUCAGCUUUAAGUGAGAAAUAUGGGCCCGACUUGACAAAAGAGUACAUUAGAAAUAGGCUUAGAACUUUGAAGAAACAAUAUCGUAUUCUGAAGGAACUUCUUUCUCAUGAUGGGUUCAGUUGGGAUGAGACAAGAAAGAUUAUCGUUGCAAAUAACUCAGUAUGGGAUGAUUAUAUCAAGAUGAGAAACCAUACAUUUUAUAGAUGAUAUGAAAUUACAAAAUGAGGGAAGGAAAGUUAAACCACAAGCCAAAGAAUUUUCAAGAAUUCUUCCAAUUGGCACAAAGGUAACAAAGAUUGUAGCUGUAAGAAGCUUGCGCGCACCUCGACUAAUCUCACGAGGCAAUCACCUGACCCUAUAACAUUUGGUGCCAGAAAACACAUAGGAAUUACUAAUUCCUAAGGUCAAUCUUGAGGCCAGAAGCUUUCGUGGUAGAAUUUUUGAAAACUAUGAUCAACUUUGCAUCUUCUUUGGAUACUACAAUAUGGAGAUUUUUGACUUCCACGUUGCUAUGUAUGAUGGAAAGAAUGGUUGUGAAGGGAAUCCCUUGAGGUGGACAAGUGAAAUGGACUGUUGUCUCAGUGGAGUCCUCGUGGAGCAAGUGAUUCUUGGGAACAAAAAUAGUAGAUAAUGAAUUCAAGACUGUUGCAUAUAAUGCAGCUAUAUUGGCUAUAAGAGAGAGGUUUUCUCUUCAAUUGACAAAAGAUCAAGUUAAGGAUCGUUUUAAAUCAUGGAAAAGAGAGUACUUUGUGCUGAGGAACCUCUUAGACCAAGGUGACUUUGAAUGGGAUGAUCAGCGAAAGAUGUUGGUUGCAAAGGACUCAGUAUGGGAUGUGUCUGUUGAGGUAUAUAACAUUUCAGUUGGUUUUUCACUGGUCCAUAGAAUGAUGUAUAUGAUUUUUCUUUUCUUUUUCUUUUCUCCUCGGACGGUGUUCAAAUGGUACUACGUACAAUUGAAACAGAGAAACCCAGAUGCUAGACUUCUUAGAGGGACGGUCAUUGAGAAUUAUGAUGAAUUGUGUAUUAUUAUUGGGUAUGACAAUCCAUCUGAAAGUUCUCUCAAUCCUGCUAAUGUUAAUUUGGAUUUAACUGCUAAUAAUGAAGCUAUAAAUGCUGGAGUUGUAUGCUACAAUCAAAGUAACAAUGCAGCAGAAAAAGAAAAUUUCAUAACUUGGACUGAGGAGAUGGAUACCUGCUUAUCGAAGCUGCUAGUUGAGCAAGUGGUUCUUGGAAACAGGAUUGAGGAAACAUUUAAGACUGCAGCUUACACGGCUGCUCUUACAGUUUUAAAUGAGAGAUUUGCGUUGGAUUUGACUAAAGAAAACAUUAGAAGCAGGUUAAACACAUGGGAAAAGCAGUAUGGAAGAGUGAAGUUACUCCUCUCCCAUGAUGGGUUUGAGUGGGAUGAGAGACACAAGAUGGUUGUUGCCAAUGACUUUGAUUGGACUGCAUACAUUAAGAAACACCCCGAUGACCAGGACUUGCGAGCAAAAUCGAUCGACAAUUACAAUGAGCUGUGUAUGAUUUUUGGCAAUGAACAGAGAACUGGAGGAUGGUCUAUUGGUGGAAAACACAACAAAGACCGUGGUUUGAACGACCAGGACCAUACAGUACUCCGAGUUGGGAUAUCGGACGAUGCAGCAGAGAGUGGUGAUAGUUCUAGCGGUGCCGAUAGCAUGGAGGCUUCAUCUAAACAGACACGGACUAGACCGUCGUCCUCUUCGCAUUCAAGAAAGUCGUUAAAGUGAAGACGCAAUAGUGACAUCAUGGUGCAAAUAAUGAGUUCAAUGGCUGCUAAUGUCGCCCGGAUAGCUGAUGCAUUGGCAGAUAGCAGAAGGCCAACCUGCACAGAUCAAGUGUUCGAAAUUGUUCAAACCAUGCCCGGGUUGGACGACGAUCUCAUCCUCGACGCAUGUGAGUUCCUCUCCCUCGACAAGAAAAGGGCAAUGAUGUUUAUGAAACUGGAUGAGAGGUUGAGAAAAAGGUGGCUACUAAAAAAGUUGUGCAGUUAGUUAGGCUUGAAUAUAAGAUCAUUAUGUUUCUUAUUGAUAUUUAUAGCUCUUUUAAGUUAUAGGAUAGAAGAAAAUUUUAGGAAAAAAUAUUUUUUUGUCCGGUGUCAAUUUAGUCCCUAAGUUUCUUAUCCUACUUUGUUAGCGAUCAGUGACUUUGAUUGGAUGAAUUCAAGGUUGCAGAAAUGCUAUAGGCUAAAUUUAUGGAAGAAGGGGAAAUUGAGACAGCACUUUUUGUGUAGCUUAUUGCUAUUAUAACUAUGGGAGAACCAUGAAUUUUUUAUGUACAAAUGAAGGUGCCAGGGUCAACAGGUCAAUCUUUUUGGCUCUUCUAACA